AUGGUGAAUCGUACGGAAAAGAAGGCACACCCUAAAAGAGGUUUAUGGAAACCAGAAGAAGACUUGAUCUUGAAAAACUAUGUAGAGGCUUACGGAGAAGGCAACUGGGCAACCGUGUCUAAGAGAUCAGGGUUGAUGAGGGGAGGGAAAAGUUGCAGACUUCGAUGGAAGAAUUACUUAAGACCAAACAUCAAACGAGGAGGAAUGUCCAAGGAGGAAGAAGACCUUAUUAUCCGAAUGCACAAGCUUCUCGGUAACCGAUGGUGUUUAAUUGCCGGUAGACUUCCCGGUCGGACCGACAACGAGGUGAAGAACUAUUGGAAUACACAUUUGAACAAGAAAGCCCCUUUAGGCGAAAAAAGAAAAACUAUCGACUCAAACGCACAACACUACGACGGUAUCGAGGAUCGCGACAGCAAGAAACCGAGGCAAUCGCAUGAUUUGGACGAAAACAAAGAAGCGAACGGAGACGAUAACGUCGGUGUUCGAGACGUCACCGCCGGUGCGUGGAUGGAACGUGUGGUUCGGUUCCUCGACUACGAGUACGAGUUCGAUUACGAGACGGUGGGAACACCAUUGACGAUGCACCACAAUUACUCAAAUCUCGUGUUGGAUGAAGAGCCUUUCGCAUCCUACAUGGACCCCUUUGUUCUGUUUGAAGCAUUUGGGACGAUUGAUUCCGAUGUGGGAUUGGGAAUCAAAUCACUCUUGCCUUAAAAGAUACGGUAUUUAUUUAACAUGGACCACCUGAGCAGACCACUUUGCUAG